AUGGAAGAGUGCAGUAAAAAAAAUUCAGAGAACUCUUCCUCUCAAAUCAAUGUCGUUGAGGAUAAUAAUAAGCAAGAAAUUGAAGAUACAAGAAUUGUAAAAGACUUUCUAGAGCCUAAGCCUGGAAUGAUUUUUGAUUCAUUUGAUAUGCUUUUCCAAGACUACAAAGGCUAUGGGAAUAAAAUGGGUUUUGAGGUCAUCAUAAGAUCUUCAAGAAAAGGAGAUGAUGGAGAGUUGAAAUAUGUGACACUGUCUUGUUCUUGUAAUGGGAAGCGGAAUAGCAUUUUUGUCUUGGAUCAUAACCAUGAACUCAAUAGUCCUGUCAAAAGUAGAUUUUUCAAGAGCAAUAGAAAAAUACAACCGUACGUGAAAAGGAAGCUUGAAGUGAAUGAUAGGGCUGGGAUUAGGCCAAAUAAAAAUUUCAAUUCCUUGGUAGUUGAAGCAGGCGGUGUUGAGAAUUUGCCUUUCUUACAGAAAGAUUGUAGAAAUUAUAUUGAAAAAGCUAGGAGGUUACGACUUGGUGGUGGAGAUGCUAAUGCAAUUCAAAAAUAUUUUUUGAAAAUGCAAAAUGAGAAUUCUCAUUUUUUCUAUAUAAUGGAUUUAGAUGAAGAGGGUCGAUUAAAGAAUGUUCUAUCGGCGGAUGCAAGGAGUAGAGUCGCAUUUAAAGAAUUUGGUGACGUUGUGACAUUCGACACAACGUAUUUGACUAACAAGUAUGAUAUGCCUUUUGCUGUUUUUGUUGGUGUUGAUCAUCAUGGCCAUUCAACACUAUUAGGUUGUGGGUUAAUCUCCAAUGAGGACACGGGGACAUUUGUAUGGCUUUUUCAAUCUUGGCUUGCAUGUAUGUUGAAUUGUGCUCCAAAAGCAAUAAUCACUUAUCAAGACAAGGCAAUGCAAAAAGCAAUCGAAAUUGUGUUUCCUAGUACAUGACAUAGAUGGUGUUUGUGGCAUAUAAUGAAGAAAUUGUCUGAAAAGUUAAGAGGUUAUAGCCAAUAUGAAUCUAUCAAGUUUUCUUUGCAAAAUAUUGUGUAUGAUUCAUUGACACGUGAAGAGUUUGAAGCACGCUGGAAUUGUUUCAUUGACAAACACAACCUCCAGGCUAAUGAACGGUUACUUGGGUUGUAUAAUGAACGACGACGUUGGGUGUCGACAUUUGUGAAAGAUACUUUUUGGGCAGGUAUGUCUACUACCCAAUAUAGUGAAAGUAUGCAUGCAUUCUUUGAUGGAUAUGUUAAUUCAAAAACCACAUUAAAACAAUUUGUGGAACAAUAUGAUAAUGCAUUGCGUGAUAAAGUGGAGAAAGAAAAUGAGGCUAAUUUUAAAUCUUUAAAAUCAUGGAUUCCUUGCAUAAGCACAUAUGCUAUUGAGAAACAAUUUCAAGAUGCAUAUACCAUUGCCAAAUUCAAGGAGUUCCAACAAGAACUUGGUAAGCUUUAUUGUCAAAUAUCUUCUUCUAAAGAGGUUGAUUCAUAUGUGGAAUUUAUAAUAGAAGAAGAUGUUCUAGUUGGAGAGACUCACCGUCUUGUUCCUUUUGUGGUUUGCUUUGAUGGAGCAAGUUCUGAUGUUCGUUGCAAUUGUCGAUUGUUUGAGUUUAGGGGAAUUUUAUGUUGACAUGCAAUUACGUUGUUGAUUCAUAAGAGAAUUUCUCAUAUGCCUAAGAAGUACAUUUUAAGACGAUGGAAGAAAAAUAUAAGUAGAAAUCAUACAAAGGUUAAGAUAAGUUAUAAUAGUUGGAGUACCAAUAUUAAAGGACAACGAUUUGAUAAGUUGUCUAAUUUAUUUUCUACUGUAGCAGACUUGGUAUCUACUAAUGAGGAUGAUUGUAAUAUGGUGAUGAACAUGAUUAAUGAUCUUAACAACAAAUUGAUGUCGACUGAAAGUGUUGGUGGUAAUGAUAGAAGAGAAAAUUUGUCAUCUCAUAGUAGAAUGAAUUGUGAAAGUGUUGGUGGUACUUCGAAAGAGGGGAGUAGUAAUAUUCUUAAUCCACGGGCUAUUCGUAACAAAUGUCGUCCUCCAUUCAAAAGAAAGCAAUCAAGCCUUGAACAAAUUGUUCGUAAAUUAAAAAAGAAGAAAUUGCAAAAGCAAGAAAAAGAGGAUAAAGCAUGA